AAAGCCCAUCGAGCCAGCGGCAGUCCACAACCCCCCCUUCGCGUCCUUCCCCAGUCACGUCAUGCCCUAGGCUAGGGCGCCGUCGCCGCCAUCUCCACCGCACCAGUGGUGCGGCACCACCUCCCGCUUCCAAUCCCAUGGAGCCACCGUCGCCGUCGUGUUUCUCGAAGAGGCCGUCGUCCAAGGACAUCGCCGGCGACCGAGCCAAGCCUUGCGAGGAUGACUCCUCUGCUCUCUCCCCUAUCCUGCCGACGCCCUCUUCGGCUCCUGCUCCUCCGCCGCCGUCAAAGGGGAUAGCCGGGGACCAAGCCGAGCCCUGCGUGGCUGCUCCCUCCCCGAUCCCGGUGAUGGCCUCUUCGGCCCCUGCUCCCCCGCCUCCUCCUAUUCUACCCCAAGAUUUGAUGGAAGUUACCAUGGGUGAUGUCGACGACCAAAUGGUGUUGACGAUCGACAAGCAAGCUGAAAAGUGGGAAGCCAUGGAGCAGGAACAACAUGUGUGGAAUGCUAUCGAUGAGGAACGGAAAUUAGAAAGGCAGAAGGAAAAACGAAGGCAUAAGGAGAGAAAGAAAAGCCUGGAAGAGAAGAGGAAAGAGAAGAGAGAAGAGAAGAGGAAGAAGCAAGAGAAGAAGAGGAAAAACCAGGAGGAGGAGGAGGAGUUGCAGGGGAAGAGGAAACAUGCUCGUUCAAUGAACUGUUCUGAAUUUGUUCAAGGAGCUACAACAGAGGGGCUACAGAGACAAGAUUCUCCACCUAUGACACAUAGUCAAAGAGCGACAAGAUCAUCAUUGGUAAGGUCACCGGUGGCGAGCACGUGGAGAUCUUCCCUUGGUCUUCUAGCAAGAGUUGCAGCCUCAAAAAGGGGCAGGUCUCCCUCAACGAGGAUUGCAAGUUCCCCAUUGGAGGAGAGGGCAAAUUCGUCCACGAGAUCACCAUCUAUCUUAGGAUCCCCUUCUCCAGUGACUACUCCAUUUGGAGGCUCAAAAAUUAAUCAUCCACAUGUCCGCAAGACAAGAAGGCUAACUUCUGCUGUUUGGAGGGAUUUCAAACCAAUUUAUCGUCAUAAGAUACUUGUCAAAGCUCAGUGCAAGCACUGUCAUGAAGUGUUUCAAGCUGGACGAGAUGUUGGCACAAGUGGUGUAAGAAGACACUUGGCUGCUUGCGAAAAAAGAAGGAAGCUUCAACAAAGGAUGAAGUCGUUCAAGCAAUGGUUGGAGAGAUGCAAAAAAAGUUUGAUAAGUAUUGGAUGGAAUCAUAUUUGCCAAACUGUAUUCCUGUGAUCCUUGAUCCGCGAUUUAAACUUUGCUUCAUCGAGUUUCGACUAAAACAAGCUUUUGGUCCAGAUGUAGAAAGACACUUGCUUGCAGUGAAAGAAGUUCUUGACAACCUUUUCGAAGAAUAUUCUUCACAAAUGACGGAUGCAUUGGAUGAGUCAGCACCCCGAAAAUUUUUUGAUGAGGUUGUGAAUGAAGAGAAUGAUCCGUUGGCGGAUUGGGACCAACACUUGAAUAAGAAGCAACGCCAAACUGCUAGUGAGCUUGCCAGAUACUUAGAAGAAGACACAUUCACUCGCACGGAGGAUUUCAACAUUCUUCAAUGGUGGCAUCUUCACUCGUCUAAGUAUCCCAUCCUUUCUUGUAUAGCUCGUGAUGUUCUUGCUGUACAAGCUUCCGUCGAUCGUCAGAGUCAGCUUUCAGUACUGGAAAGCGUUUGAUCAGCGAUUACAGAAGUAGAUUGUGCAGCGAGACAGUGGAAGCCUUAAUCUGCCUUCAAGAUUGGUUUAGAUGUAAUGAUAAGCAUGCCAAUGCUCCUGAUCAAGGUCACUACUAUUAACUGAGGUUGAGAUGUUUCUGGAGAAAAAAUCAGUUGAGCUGACCGAAGAUGAGGCCAGUCUUGGGACCAUUCUGAUUCCGAUUAAUCAAGUGAAAGACCAGUGAGCAUAGCUUGGUGUACAAAGGUCGUCCGACAUAAAGCUGACAGAAGAAUGGAAGAUGCUCUUAGCUGAUAGUUUUAUCAUUUGGUGCCGUUUUGAGUCUAGGACUCUAGGUGCUUUCUGUUAAUUUUGGGAUAUGGAGGAUGGGGAGUGUGUUGCAUAUUCCUUUUUGUUCACAUACAUAAGAUAUUUCUGCUGCUUUGAUAGGCGUUUUUAGUUAAGUUGCCGCUGCAUGUUCCAUUAACAGCGAUAUCACA